AUGGACGAGGAGGCGGCGGCGGCCGUCGUCGUCCCUGAGGAGCCUCCGCCGCUCUCCCAGCUGAGCGGAGACAGCGGCAACGUCUCGCAGAGUCACAGCAGCGCCUCGGGCCUGGCCGACGAGGAAGGGGCGCUGGAGGGGGAGCAGCUGCUGCUGCUGCUGCGGGCGGCCACGGCAGACUACGCCGCCUGCCUGCUGCAGCCGCUGGACAGGGGCGCCUCCGCUGGGCAGAUCAGAACCUUAGACAAGAGUCUGGAAGACCUCCUGACCAGGGUAGAUGAGUUUGUGGGGAUGCUAGACAUGAUUCGAAAUGACUCCUCCCAAAUAGUCAAUGAAAGCUUGCCACAUAUUCAUGCAAAGGCUAUGGAAAUGAGGCAGCUAUAUAGAAAGAUAGACAAACUGGAGGUUUUUGUAAAAAUGGUUGGAAACCGUGUGGCUGGGAUGGAGGAACACAUUGCAAAAGCCGAAGCAGACCUUGGAACUUUCCCAAAUACUUUCAAAAAACUCUUACACACAAUUAACGUGCCAUCCUUUCUUAAUAAAUCAUCUCCCUCGAGGCCGAAGCAAAGCCUUUAUGAACCUCCUGACCUCUUCAGGACUGAAGACUACUUUCCCUCGAUGCGUGAAACACAAUAUAUGUGAUUGAGGAGACAGUGAUG